AAAUGUCAUUGGUCUGUUUCACAUGUCUGCUGAUGUGCCGGUGUAGGGUGUUUCAUGGUUUCGUAACACAACAUUGUUUAACGUUUGAGUUGUCUUUAUGUUAUCACUUUCUGCGGUGUAACUAAGAGCUGUCUGAGCACUACUAUUCAAACAAGGUGGACGUUUAUCCAGACGAAGCUAGCUAGAGUUACAUCCAUACCUAGCUAACAGAAGCUAACCGCAGCUAGCUGCUAAGUCGAAACAUCUUACUAGAACUAACGUUAGAAUGGGUGAAGAAAUUAACGACAACCUCAUUACCACAGGCAGCGGCACUGCCAGUGACUCCAGCAUUGAGGGAAACGGCGACGAAGUGGACGGCGGCGUAAAAUAUUACACUUUAGAGGAUAUCAGAGUACAUAAUAUGAGUAAUGACACAUGGCUCAUCAUCCACAAUAAAGUAUAUGAUAUCACAGGUUUCCUCGAAGAGCAUCCGGGAGGUGAGGAGGUUUUGCUGGAGCAGGCAGGUGCAGAUGCCACAGAGAGCUUCGAGGAUGUGGGUCAUUCCACAGAUGCCAGAGAGAUGCUCCAGCAGUACUUCAUUGGGGAGCUUCACAUGGAUGACAGAAAAAAAGAGAAGCCGAAGGAGGUACAAGACACAAAUUCAGGAGAAUCCAGCAGCUCCUGGACCAUGUGGUUGAUACCUGCUGUUGCUGCAGCUGUUGUUGGCGUCAUGUAUCGCUUCUAUGUGUUCGAACACAAGUCCUCUUGAGUGCUGGCAUCGUGUUUUCAUGUCAUUCUUUUCAUCUGGAGGCCUUGAAAUGUUUGACCAAAACCUCCUCACUUUGAACGCACACAAUUAGGAGUGUCAGCAUUCUCUGCAGCAAGAGGGAGGUAGCAGUUUGGUAGAGUAACUUUUGUCCUUGUCCGUCUACACAGAGUCAUAGACAGUUGGGCGAAGACUUUAUUAAAUUGUCUGCCUUCACUUUCUUUGUGUUUCAUUGUCAUUAUGCCUGUUGUCAUUAAUGUUAAAUGUUGUCUUUAACUUAAAUUUUUCAUAUGCAUUUGUGGUCUCUGGAUUAUCCAUUUUCCUUUUCGGAAAAAGCCUGGUUUUCAUACAUCAUCAUUAUAUAGAUCGACUAAAUGGAUGCACUGAAGGAAUGUUAGUAUGCAGAAUGGGGAGAUGGUUAGCAGCUAUUGUUCUACGUUUUAUACUGGCUUAUAACUUCUGGUGCAUUUUCUUAGGUUUGUUAAAGUGAGAAAUGUUACUACAGAGCUCUCAGUACAAAUCAGUUUUAUUUCAUUCACCCCUUACUGCACAGUUCUGAUAGUAAACGAUGCUUGAUUGCAUUUAUCGCUUGGUUGCAAACACAUAAUCUCUCCAAUUAUGUAAAUGUAGUUUUCAAUCAUUGUGUUUGUUCCUAUUUGAAUUGUGGUGUAUCAUAUUGUAUCUGAUUAUUUAACAUAGAAUGUGCUCUGAUUUGUCCUGUUUUUUUUCUACAGUACUCCAGCCAGAAAUCUGUGUAAAUGCUCAAAAUACCUGAUCGCAUAAAUGUUUGGGGUAUGUAAUAAAACAGAAACAUUUUAUUACCCAGAUGUAUUCAAUGACAGUAGACAACUGAAUACUGUUGAAAGAGAAUAAGUACUUAUUUGAGCAUUCUGAAAUUAUUCUUGUUCCUCUCUAUGCCAUUUGUUAUUUAAACUGAUGCUUUUUCAUAACCAUUGUUUCUUAAUUUUAUGUUUCGGGUGAUUGAUGCAGGCAGCUGUCACUGGAGGGUUCAGAUUGUAUUUAAUGAAGUCUGCCCUGUGCUUCUUGUUAGGCUACUGUUGGUAAAUUGGGGCACUUGGCAGUUGACGUUAAAGCCGUAGGAGUUGUCUUUCAGUCCACUGUUGAUUCCCUUACUUCUUUAAUUAUUUUAUUUACUGAACCUUUUUGAAUUCUCUAUGUUGUUGAUUUGGCCUUGUUAAAAUUUUUUGAUUUGGGUAAGCAUAACAUUAAACAUAACAUUAAAAAUUACUAAAUUUCUCAAACAUUAUGAAAUACGCAUUUUAUUCAACAUUACUAAAGAAAAAAAUAACAUUCUCCAGAAUUCAAAGACCAUUUUAAGUCCAUUUACCACCUCUCAGUUCAUAGAAGUUUUUGAAUAGAACUUGCUGCUAUUUUUACGUGACUAUGAUGUUACCUACAGAUGGCAAAAUUUAGUUGACUUCAAAGAUAAACAUUUGCCAUGUCUUUGCAUUUAAACUGCCAUUUCCUGUCAUUAAAAAUCUCUUUGAAUAAAAUGAAUCUUAAAGUA